ACUUGUGCUACUCACGCUGCACUCAGUUGCACUCGGUUACAGCAUAACCAAUAUCAUUCACUGCCGGCCAGCCACGGCUCUCGCAUCGAUUCGCUUCGGCUGUUUUUACAAAAUAGAAAAUCACAAUUGUUUUCUGAGAUAAUUUAAAUCGCGAUCGAUUCAAAUAGUAAAGUAUGGUUUUCUUGUCAUUGAAUCUUUUAGUCAGAUCUCGCGGACCUGACGAGUUUUGGCGAAAACGAAAAAUAUUCAAGCUCGCUGCGCAUUACUAUGGUAGGAGAAGAAAUUGUUAUACCGUAGCUAUCAGAGGCGUACAGAAAGCUCUGAUAUACUGUACUCAAAGCAGGCAAUUGAAAAAAGAGGAUAUGAAAGAGUUGCGGGAGCAGAGGUUAGAAGCUGCUACGAAUGAACAUGGUAUAAAUUUCUCGAUUCUUAAAGAGGGAUUAACAAGAUGCAAUAUUCUAUUAAAUCGAAAGUCGUUGGCUGAUUUGGCAAUUUGGGAACCUCGCUCUUUCAAGGCCAUUGCAGAUAUCGCGUGUGCAAGGGCAAAACAAGACCAUUUCAAGGCUACCACCAAUACUCAAGUACCCAAUAGUGUUAUUGUAAGGGGUCUAAUUAAAUGAAUCGUCUCGCAAGUCUAA